AUGUACGGUCUCUCUCGACCCGAGGAUGUCACUGGCAUCCUUGACGGCGCGCCGUGGACUCACGGCAUGGACUUCGAGCACUUCAUAUCCGAGGUGAUGCAGAAGUUUGGCAUGUCUCCAGAAGCUGUGGACGAGGCCAGAUACCUUCCAAAGCCGGGAGAUGCUUGUUACAUUGAGAACAACGUCACCAAUCCUCGGCACUUGACCCUCAUUCACUUUGUUGAAGAUCUGUACAAAAGGCAGUUCCUCGACCCAUCAAACUUGGACAGUCUUUCCAAGGUAUUCUCGGGCUGUCUGCAAGAGACUCUGCAGAGUGAGAAGCUCGACUUUUGCACCAGAGACUACAACGGCUGCCUCUACAGCAUUGGUGCUCCUGGCCUGCGCCGCGAAGUCUCCCUCUACUCGCUGGUGGCCGGGACCAUGGUGGACGCGACAUUGCGGUCCCUGUUUGGCCCGUAUCUUCACCAGGUUGAACCGGACAUUGUAGAUCAAGUAAUACAGUUCAAUGCGCAUGCUUGGAUACUCUUCUACGGACUGCCCGACUUCUUUGGCCUUGCGCCAGUGUGUGAGCCUCGCGACCGUAUCAAGGCGGCUUUCCGGGCCUUUGUCAAUCUACCAGAAGAAGAACGGAGCGAGCAGUGCUUCGCAUUCAAGCACCUCCUUAGAUGGAUGGAUGUACUUGGAAUCGAUAACGAGUCACGAAUCGGCUUAUUGUUCCUAUUCUUCUUCGCGAGCAUUGCCAACGAGCAAAACGCUUGCUACUGGUUUGUAGCACACAUUGUGUACGACGAGGAACUUCUCGAUAUUGCGAGGGAGGAGAUGGAGCCUGCUUGGCAGUCGGGCGAGUUGGACGUCAAGCAUCUCACAUCCAACUGCCCGCGGCUCGAUGCAAUCUUCAGCGAGACACUGCGUCAGCGGACCAACACGUUUGGCUGGCGCGUUGUCAAGGAGAAGACGGUGAUCCGCGGCAAGGAGCUUCAGCCCGGCACGCCCGUCAUCAUCCCCAUGCGGGUAUUGCACACCAACAAGAGACUCUGGGGUGUCGACGUGGACGAAUUCGACCCCGGCCGAUUCUUCAACAAGACGACGGCCCGCCAGCCAUACUACCGCCCCUUUGCCAGCGGGCCUACGUACUGCCCCGGGCGGGUGCUGGCAAAGCGCGAGACGUAUGCCUUUCUCGCCAUUCUGCUCCGCCGCUUCGACGUCACGCUGCUCGAGCCACCCGCAUCCCCGGGUACGAAGCAGGCUUUCCCGCUGAUGGAAACCCAGAGGCCACCGACGGGGGUUAAGGGGCCGAAGCCUGGCAUGGAUCUGUUUGUGAGGUUGGACGAGCUGGUUACCGAGAAGUUAGUUUAG